ACGGCUCUCUCUACUGCUGCCGCGAAUGGGGAUAUCAAGACUGCACAACUUCUUCUUUCAAGAGGAGCCGACGUUAAUGCUUGCCAUGAGGUGACGCCGCUUCGUGCUGCAGCUAAAUAUGGGCAUGGAAACAUGGUCCAACUACUGUUUGGAAAAGGAGCUCUUGUGAAUCUGGAAAUUUUAUCUCGCGAAACACCACUCACUAACGCGGUUUCUGGAAUGGUUUCUGAGACCAGAAUGAGCAUUGACAAGAUUCUCAUAGAACAUGGAGCCGACGUACACGGCAGCUCUAGAGAAUCGGCAUUGUCUCAAGCGUCUCGAUACAGUGACUGGAUCACUGUCUCACUACUGAUAAACAACGGCGCCAACCCAAACCCAAUCGUCCAAAACGUGACACAUGCCCCAAUUUACCAAUCGAUCCAUAAUCGCAAUCCAGACGUAUCAGAGCUUCUCCUCGAAAGAGCAGCAGAU